UACGCGACAACUUCAAUCUCCGCGCGAUAAUGGACGAAGAAACAAGCUCAGUUGUUCUCCUUCCCGAAGUGAAAGUAGAACCUAUGGAAAACGCCGAAAACAACGGUGACAGUGAAGAAAGCUCGGUUGGAAGUCCAACAGACGAAAACUCGCUCCCGCGUUUUGGUGAAAGUUCAGAGGAAGACAUUCAGAGGUUGUUGGAGCAUCGCUCUUGCAGUGAAAAUACAUGGAGGUCUACAAAAAAUGCUGUGAAAAUUCUCCGCGACUACAUGGAGGAAAAAAGUAUGGAUGUGAACUUCGAGAACUUGGAUAAGGCAGCGUUGAAUGAUCUUUUGCGUAAAUUUUACGUUGAAGCCCGCAAAAAGAACGGCGAUUACUACAAGUCCUCUGCUCUGGGAAGUAUACGGUUUGGUAUCCUGCGGUACUUACAGUCACAACAGAGCAAUAUAGACAUCAAAAACGACCCCGAAUUUACCGAAUCAAACAAAAUUUUUAAAGCGCAGGUGGAGAAGCUUAAAAAGCAAGGUAAAGGCGAGGUAAAUCGUUCCGACAUUGGCCCAGAUGACUUAAAGAAACUUUAUCUAAGUGAUGUCUUGUCGCCAUUCAGCGCCGAUGGCUUGCAAAGGAAAGUGUUCUUUGACCUGCUGAUGUAUUUGCCUGGAAAACGGAAUCGCAGUAACGUCAGGGAACAAACCCGAGACACGUUUCUCGUGGGCUAUGAUUCUUCUACUGGCUUGAAGUAUAUUUAUCCUAAUCCGGCGCAUUGUGAAAACGUUUUUACCGAUGGAAAAUGUCCUCGAAUGAAUGAAAAACCAGGAAAUCCGAGAUGUCCGGUGGCGUCAUUUCUGAAGUACUUGUCGAAGCUGAACCCGAUGAACUUGUACCUGUGGCAAAGGCCCAAAGCAUCCUUCAAACAUCAUGCUUGCGAAGAUGACCCCAUCUGGUAUGAAAAUGCCGCAGUUGGGCAUAAUUCCUUGGGGGAGAUGAUGACAAAUAUGUCCAAGCUUGCACGGUUAUCCAGGAUUUACACAAAUAAUUGUAUCAGAGGUACUUAUGUGGCAAUUCUCGACAGCUUGGUUGAAGACUACCCUCUCAUCACUACUUUAGUAUCCAUACCCAGCUCCCAGAGAUUUCAACAUAUUCUCCCAAGAGAUCCUUGUGAUGAACGCCCAACCAUGGUGCCUGUUACUGGAAAGUAUAUCUCAAGUUCAGAGGGGACAACAUCCCCAAGAACCACUGUAGGAACCCCACCAUUUAAUGCAGAGUCCAAUAGAGAACAGGCUCAACUCACAAAGAUUAUGGUUCCAGGCAAUCACUCUCAUCCUCAACACCACAGUGGCAAGACCAGAAGUUCUCCUCAGGAGAGUAAUGGGAUUGAUCAUAGUGAAAAGCAAAGAGAUAGAAGUCCAACCAGUCCAACAGAACCUGUUCUUGGCCUUCCAUACCAAUCCAGUCACAGAAGUCUCCAUAGUCCUUUUGUUGCUUACAGAUUUUCUCAGCUUCAUGCAGCUUCCCAAAAUAACCUGCGCAAUCCUCACCAGCCAUCACUUAAGACUUCUCUAAGUUUAUCUCACGGAUCAGUAACCCGUGCUGGAAGUAACCACUCAGGGCUUGCAAAUUCAAGAGUUGUUUAUUGUCAAACAGUGCCAGCAAUGGCCUCAUCAUCAACAUUGUCAGUCACGGGGCAUCCCACCAGUGAUAGUAGUCCAAUGACUGGAAGUCCUCUGACCACUCACGUGCUGGAUACAGCCAGAGGCUCACCAGCUAAGAACUUGCCAAUUCAGUUGUACUUUGAAGAAAUGCGUCCUGACAGUAGAAUGUGGAAACAUAUUGCCUCAGGGGUAACUAAUGCUGAUGGUAGAGUAGCCAACUUACUAAAUCAAGAACAGUUUAUACCUGGCAAAUACAUGAUCAGAUUUGAGACAGAGGCAUACUUCAAGGACAUUGGGGUUUCUUCAUUUUUCUAUCCAUAUGUAGAGAUCGUGUUUCUUGUCAGUGACCCAUCCCAGCAUUAUCAUGUUCCUCUUCUACUCAGUCCAUUCUCUUACUCAACCUAUCGUGGGAGUUGAAACCUAGUGUGGGCUUGCCUCAAAGUGGAUAGACAGUAGAUGACUUUGUCAAAAAAAAUGACAAGCUUGUUCACAAUUCUAUAUUCUUGGUGUUGGCUGCUGUAAAUUUAGGGAUAGGUCUUACUUGGGUCAUUCAAGAUAGUUGCAGAUGUUGUCUUCCAAAUUUUUCUAGAACUGCAACAGAAGGCUUUUGGCAUGUUUGUUAAAUAAAGUUAUACUUAUAUUG